AUUCACUUAAAGAAUAUAAAGGAUAUGAAAAAAAUGUGAGAUAUUUAACAAUCUCAGUAAUUGAUGCACAUAGAUUUAUUGAAGGUCGAAAGUUUUGUAUCGUUAAGAAUGUAAAUUAUACUUUUCCAAUUGAUACUCAAGAGGCUUCACGAUUUAAUGAAUCUAUUAAACAUAUGAAGAGAUUAUUUAAUUCUAAUUAUUCAGCACCU